CUCUCGUAUGCUUGCAUGGCAUUAUACUUUCGUACCCGAGAUCUGACGUUUGCCACCUCAGAAAGUCCACAGAGUUGAGCCGCUGAUCGUGCUCAACAUUGCCCCUCGGCGACGGGUGUCCUGCAGCAGUGUAGCGCUGGAAGCAUCCAAUCACCUCAUCCAGGCAAUUUUCUGCACCAACAAGACAACAUCAGCUGCGCCGCAAGCACAAGGACGCGGCAACUUGUGUAGGAUCACGUUGUCUAUGAUAUAUUGCGAAUCUGCCAUUCUCGCGCGAAGUCCACGAACGUGAAUACUCGUUCGGACUGAUUGGCCUCUACAAACUCGUCACUGGCAAAUAUCACGUUCAAGUAAGCUCACAUACGACACUUGUGCUCACGACCACCCAACUUCGCUGCGAGCUCUAUGGUGUCUCCGCAACCCCGUUACAACAGGCAGACUUAAGGCGCGCUGUUUGUAGCGCCUUGCGCGAUGGGUAGGAUAAAAAAGGUCGCCACGGAGCGACAUACUGUCACGCUUUCGCCAUUCGUACGCGAUUUUGUCAAGCAGGCUGUAGCCACGCCGUUGCACCACUUGCCAGCCUUCUUAGACUCGUUCCCUCAGCACUGGCCGCUCCCUCGCGGUGACCUGUACCACUGGAUACCUCUACUUGAUCGCUUCGAUCGUAUCAUCGAGAUCUUCAACAAGGAAUAUGGGCUGAACGAGGGGCCACAAACGCAGCCGUUCGCACGAAGACUGUUGGAGCGCGGCGAUUAUGAACCUGGCUACGAUUACCCGGCAGCUGGUGCUGGUGAGCAAGAGCUGGACAGCAAUGGAUUUGCUCUGGAAGGAGACAAAGAGCUUAUCGAAGCCGUCGUCCAUUUCUCUAGGAUACUGUUGGAGCAUUGCGGUAAUCGGAGUCUCUACGCCAGUAGCUCACAUAUCAAUGACCUGCUUCAUACAACUUCACUCGGCUUGCUUCGCUGUUGUCUGAAGUUGAGUCUUCGGCUCGCACAGCGAUAUCAAGUCGCUCGCUUCAAAAAUAAUCAUCCGCCUGCACAGGCAACUUUGCUUGCCAACCACUACAAUUUCAACCUGGACAAUCUUCACAAGAUAUCGCUUCCCUUCCCAAAGCCUUCUGGUACCAGUGCCGGCUUCACAUCAUUGUCCAGUAAGGGCAAAGACAAAGCCUCAAACAUCGCCGCGUUCAACAGCGCCGACUUAGUGUCUUUGGUGAGAGCUCGCCCUUCCGAUCCCACACGGGCCGAGAUGUCGCAAGUUUCGUUGAGCUACUAUGAUCAGUCUUCUGCCAAUCGACGCCAGACCCAAGCUACGCAGAUAACUGAGACGGUCCCUGCUUCACCGACGCCAGUGAGAAGAACCUCGACCCUGGGUCCUUCGCGUGAUCGACCUCCAGUUGGAGACAGAAGUAUGAGUGCGAUGGACCUGGGUUCCAGCGCCAGCAAACCACGCGAGCAAGAUAGUGCACCUACCUCAUCCCUCAGCUAUUAUCAAAUACCUGCUGCGAAAAUAUCGGGCUCACAAGCUUGCUUAAUAAUGCGCGAUGCUUUGCCGAGCGUGCCAGCCGAGUUCAGUUAUGAUUUGCUCCAUCGUAUCCGUGUUGCCAAAGCAUUUGCUUCGCAACAUGAUGACAUAUUACAGCUCGUUGAAAUACGAUUGCUAGCGAUCGCCAACCUCACAUAUGCGCUAUCAGAAUCUAGAUUUCAGGAGAAAAUCGGCACGCCGGACUCAGAGGAACCAAGACCAUUCCAUCUCGCACAGCAACUAUGUGAUUUAUUGCAGCCGGCGCCGAGCGGCCAGAGCGAGACUCCACUCCAAUUCGAGACCACCGUGCUGAUUGCCAUCGAAGCGCUCACGAAGAGCAAACAUAAGGUCUCCGAAGUCGCUGAUGCUCUUGCGAUCAAUGUCAAUCAUGGAAUGUUAUACUUUGUCCUACGAAAAGUGAUUUCAAAUCUGAGCCUUGACGAGCAUGCUGGGAAGCGAGAGGAGCUGGUUGCGGCCGAGUGGCGUGACGCCACCUUCGACCUCAUCAACAGCUUGCUACAAUCUGGUGCCCAAUGGCGAUAUGGCGAGAGAAUGGUCACUGCCGGCAUUAUCGGAAUUCUCGUCGAGGCGUUAGAGCUUCGGACUGACCGCGCCGAUCGAAUCCACGAGAAAGUACUGCAAUUCUUCGACAGUUUCAUCCACGGCAUUCCAUCUGCGCUACAGACUCUGGCAAAUGCCCGAGGACUUGACAUUAUUGCCGAACUCACCAGUCAUGAAGUGCAGGCAUCUCUGACAAGCGUGCGUGCAGGCAAUGGAUUACCUGAGGAAUUCAAGUCAAAUGUUGUGGAUUACACAAUUCCUUAUUACAAACAAUCCGCGCUGCGCCAGCUGUUCAAGAAUACUGCACACAUGUUCGAUCACCACACUGGCACGCAGGACCGACUGCUUCGAAAUCUUAUCGACACCCCACAAACCCUCGGGGCUUUGCGGUCUGUCAUCGAAAAUGCCAACAUAUUCGGAUCUAAUGUCUGGAGCGGAGCUGUCAACAUUGUGAACCAAUUCAUCAACCAUGAGCCGACCAUGUAUCAGGUCAUAGGCGAAGCAGGCCUCACCAAAAGCUUCCUCGAAUCUGUCACUGGUCGCGCGGGCUCUUCAGAUGGCCAGAUCUCCUCGGACCAAGCGCCAAUCGGGAUAUUGCCGGUCGGUGAGGUCAUGUGUGAUAUUCCGAGUGUUUUUGGUGCCAUCUGCCUCAACGAGACCGGAAUGCAAGCCUUUCAGGAUUCUGGCGCGCUGACAAGAUACUUCGAAAUCUUCCUCUCUCCAAUUCAUGUGCGCGCCAUGGAAGAUGAAGGACCGAUAGCAGGCACCAUCGGACACUCUUUCGACGAAUUAUCACGACAUCAGCCUCGGCUCAAAAGCCAGAUAACUCUUGCGAUCGAGCAAAUGUUGCAGAGACUUCGAACCAAACUGGCGGGAUUCGCAACAGAAGAACAGGCGGGCACCAAACUCUGGGAGCGGAUCGACACCAUGCGUACUGCUGGUGAUGGAACUGCAGCCCAGGAUAGCAAUGACCGGCGUGCCAGCCAAGACCGUGCUCCGGGAAUGCACUACCUGAGCUCUGUCUUCAAGUUUCUGGACGGUCUGUUUGCCAACAAUAACAUGUGCGCCGCAUUCUGUGAGAUCAACGGGGCUGAGUCGUUGAUCGAACUUGCGCUGUCACCAUGCAAUCCAUACGAUCUCGGUUCGUUCCCCGUUUUUGGGAAAAUCGCCGCUGUUUUAAAAACAAUGUGUGACGCAAAGCCACAUCUUGUUCUUCCUUGUCUGCUCGAGCGCACGCAGCAGGCGGUCUCGUCGUUGCACAAAUUUACAUCCUCGGACAAGUCUCACGACACGUUCUCAAGAUUUGUCGAUCUCCAGACGCUGCAACCACCUCUGCACGGCGGCAUGGAUGGUACAGCCAUCACGAAAGCUCUUCUCAAUGUGCAAGUACUGUCUCACAUUCUGGGGCGCACGUUGUCACCCGGCUACACAAUACGUCAUGGCAACCAGAGCACCCAGCUCUUUGCCAGCAUGAAUUUCACCGACGUCUAUGUUCGGCUCGCUGAGGAUCUGAUUAAAUUGCAAGCUGCAUGUAUUUGGGAAGAUAUUGUGACCUGCGACGGUUUGUCUGUUGAUGUCAAACGUCAGACUGAACCGCGUCGGUACUCACCUCGGCGAAUCAACGCCGAUGGCACAAUUGAACCAUUGAUCGCAGAUGAUCCAUCUCUACCAGGAGAGCCGACUAGCGAGAAUGCAAAUUCGACCGGUCGCCCCUCUGACACAAUUCUCGUUCUCAAAAACACACGAACAAUCAGGUACCUUUUGGAGCAGGUGCCUAAAGGAAUCAGCCUUUUCGUCCAGUCACUCGGCGUUGCUAUUGUCCCGACCAGGCGCGCCGACCCCACCGUCAAGCAACAUGCUAGUCAUAUUGCCGACUGCUUAGCCAAGUCGGUCAUAGCGAGCUUUGAUUAUCGUAGGUGCAAGGCAUCUGCUGAAGCAGAACUUGUUCCAAAAUACAUUGCACGCCUACUCAGAAUGAUUGGGGACCUGUUCUUGCGGAAGUCACUCGAGGCGAUGAGCGUUGACGACGCUUUGACUCUCGUACUGAACAAAUUUUUUCUCGCUGGCGGAUUCGAUCAACUCAAUAAGUACCUCAAAUCUUUCAUCGAGGUGCAGUUGGCGACUUCGGAACCAAUCUCGUUGCUUGAAAACGAUGAAGACACGGCAGCAAAGUGGAGAGCACAAGGCGUGCACUUCAUUCUUGCAUUCUACAACCAGAUCGUGAACAGCAAAUGUAUCUCCGAUGCGGCUCAAUCGACUCACAUCACUGUUAAAGAACGGGCUUCUCCUGACUUCUUCAUCCCCUCCCAAUUUACUGUGGAGAUUCGAAAUUGUGUGUUGCCAGUCGUCGCCGAGAUUUGGAAUUGCUCUGAUCUUGACAAAUUUACACGCUCUGAUGUCAUAGAGGUGGUGCAUAUUCUCCGCCUGAUCCUAGAAGGUGCUGGCGAGGAAAGGGCCCUAAGGCGCAGCGAACGUGCCUACAGACAUGGACCUCCGGCGCGUCUCACUUACAAGUCGCCCUCUACCAGCGAUGUCUCAAAGCUUGAAGAACAGGGCUUUGAUACUACAUUGGCUCGGGAGGCGCUCUAUCGAUGCAAUAAUAAUCUGCCUCAUGCAGAACAGUAUUGCAAAUUGCGGGUAUCUCACAAGGCUCCAAGAUUUCCAGCUCCGAUACCAAUUCCGAGACAGCAGGCCCAACAGAUUCACGAUGAACCCCUGCCAGCAGACCCGAUAGCGUCAAGUGAUGGCAACGCGAUGGACGUUGAGAUCAGCGAUAACGCACAAGCAAGCAAUGCUGCCAGUGAUUCAGAAAUGUCAGACGACGAAACAGGAGAAGAAGAUGAAGCCGAUGAGGGCGGAUCUGGACAAGAAAGCCGAAACAAUGGAGUCGAUGAUGAUGAUGAAAAUGAUGACGAAGAUGACGAUGAAGAUGAUGAUGACGAUGACGAUCCUGGAUCGCUCGGCAAUCUGCCAGAACAUCUGCAACAGGAAGAUUUCAGUGCCAUGAUCUCAACCGGGGCACUUGACAUUGCUCUUGGGCGCGAUGACAAGCCAGAAGAUCCAAAAGCUGUCUUCAUCACUGUAGAAGACCUCGACGAGAAGCGUAGCAAUCUAAGGGCGAACCUAAUCGAGCGCUGUCUGGAAGUGCUCAGCGCUCAUCCACACAUCACAUUCGAGCUGUCAGAUCUUAUCCAGGCUGCUAUGUCAAAGGUUGAUAAGAGCAACGCAAGCACCGAUAUCGGAGAAACACUCGUGAUGUCCCUCAUCUCUCUGCAAACCGAGGAAAUCAGUAAAGAAUUGGGAAUCAAAAUCCUUGCACAUGCCCAUCUGGUCGCAUUGAUCAUGCAAGACAGAGCAUUCUUCGACUCUGCUUUGGAGCCUUUAAGGCGCUGUAUCGGCAGCCUCAUUACAUGGCUACAGUUGCAGCCAGAUCAAAAGGCCGAAGAAGCACCCUGGAUCGAAAUGAUUUUGCUAAUCAUCGAGCGUGUACUCACCGAAGACGAACAGCCUGUAGAGAUCACCUGGAACCCGAACUCCACGGAGGAGCUUUCAAGUGCAUCGCUGUCCCUGUCAGCUCGAGAGCCAUUGGUCUCUGCGGCGCAUCGCCUGGAGGUAUUCAAUGCCGCAAUAGAUUUGCUGCCCAAAAUUGGCAAGAACGCCUCGUUUGCGCUAUCGGUAUGCCGUAUCCUUGUCAUUCUCACGCGGAGACGCGAGCUUGCCCUUCGACUUAGCGAGAGGCAGAACAUUGGCCGACUUUUCUUGAUGGUGCGGCAACUGGCAGGAGCAAUGGACGAAGCGAUACACGGCUGCAUCAUGCUUAUCCUCCGGCACAUGAUCGAGGACGAUGAUACGGUUCGUCAGAUCAUGCGUACCGAGAUUAGGGCCGUCUUUCAGCAUCCGAUACGAUCUCAGAGAAUGGUCGACACCACAUCGUACACGCGCUCAGUCUAUCACCUCGCCAUUCGCAAUCCUGAGCUGUUCGUUGAGGUUUCCCAAGAAAUGCUCAUGAUCAACAACCUUCAGUCCGGCAAGCCCUUGGAAACAGUACAGAACCUGUCUCUUAAGCAGAACACUUCGAAUCUUGAAGUUGAGAAGAAGCCUCAAUCGCAUCCUAAUGUGGCCGAAGGCAACGAUGGCAAACCCGUCGACACCAAGACUCCUGCCCCGGAAACUACAGAUGGCGUCACUCAGUUUCUUCUUCGUGAAUUGUCAAAUUACAAGGAUGUUGACGAUAAGGUGCCACCAAUUUCGACGCCAACCACCAAACUUGCUUCAAACACAAAGCCGGUAGAAAUUUCUCCAGACGUCGAGAUGGUGGAAGCUGGUCCACUGAACGCUGGGGCCACGCCAUCAGAGAACGACGCCAAUUCGCGAGCACCCAUCAAACAAGAAGAGUCUGUGAUCUUCAUGUAUCGGCGGUUCAUUCUGCAAUGUUUGGCCGAGAUCCUGGGAAGUUACAAUCGUACGAAGAAUGAAUUCAUGAACUUUUCGCGCAAAUCGGAAUCGCAAAUUUCCACGCCAUCAAGACCACGUGCCGGCACUCUCAACUAUCUGCUCAAUGUAUUGCUGCCUGUGGGCACUCUUGAGCAUAAGGAAGGUGAAGCACAUCAAAAACGAGUCUCAAUUUCACACUGGGCAUCGCUGGUUCUAGUAGCGCUGUGUUCAAAAACAUCUGAGAGCGGAGCAUCGCUCUCACCUGCGCACAUAGCUUCUGGGGAAGAACCUGAGCUCAACUUUGUCCGGAAAUUUGUGCUCGAACAAGCUUUGCGCUCUUUUAAAGAUGCAACUUCGUCAUCCGAGCCGCUCGAUAUGCGUUACUCCCGUUUGUUGGUUCUGGGCGACCUCUUUGAAAAGAUUCUCAAUUGCAGAGACGACGUGCAGAGAUCUACAACUGAAGUGAAUGUCAAUAAACAAGCGAUCGGUAGACUGAUGUAUGAGAAGGGAUUCAUCGGCACGUUGACGGCGGCGAUCGCAGAGCUCGACCUCAACUUUCCCAAUGCAAAGCGUACGGUCAAAUAUAUACUUGCGCCGCUGAAGCAAUUGACCGGUCUUGGCGUCACUCUGAGUCAAACCACCGAUACUACAUUAAAGCAUCCUGGAAAUGGGAGCAACGAAAAUGCUGAAGAAGGCGAAGUUGACUCUGAUACAUCUUUAUCUGACGAUGAUGAUGAUGAUGAGGACCGAGAGCAGACACCGGAUCUAUUCCGCGGCUCUUCACUUGGCAUGUUCGAAGCCAGCGGCGCUCAAGAUGACGAUACAGAUGAUGAUUCCGCCGAGGAAGAGGACGAUGAGAUGUACGAUGAGCAUGAAAUGUACGAUGAUGGCUACGAUGAGCAUGAGAUGGACUAUGAGGAGGAGAUCGUUGCCGAGCACGGUGACGUCGUCAGCGAUGAGGAUGAUGACGACAUGGGUCCUGUGGAAGGUGUGCCAGGAGACAUGGCCUUGGACGUCGAGAUGAUCAUGGAAGACGGCGAGGACUCGGCAGACGACGAUGACGACGACGAUGAUGACGACGACGACGACGACGACGAUGACGAUGACGAUGACGAUGACGAUGAAGAUCUACUCGACGAAGCCGAAUUCGGCGAAGAUCACGAGGAGAUGAUUGGCGAUGAAGGUGACGGCAGUCUGGCCGAUGGAGAUGACACCGAGGACUGGGAAGAUGAUGACCUCCACUACGCACGUGAUCGAAUCAUCAUCGAAGACGGCGAAGGGGCCGCUUUGGACCACAUUGCGCAUGUCAUCGGCGCGGAUGAACCCUCGGACGAUCUCGACGAGGAUGGCAUGGCUACGGGCCUCGUGCCAAGGAAUGAUGACUUUUUCGAGGACGAGAUGGGUCCUGACGAGGACGAAGAAGAUAUGGAGGAUGAUGGAGGGGAACCCGACGAGAUGGUCUAUGAACCGGAAAUGGAUGACGAAGAUGAAGAAGGAAAUGGUCGCUGGGAUGGGCGCUGGGACGCGCCUGCACCCCAAUUCAUCUUCCGAGGUGCUGCUCAUCACCACCACCACGGUCAUCAUCACCAUGGUCGGAGUGGAGCAGGCAUUUUCCCUAUGACUAUGGGAAAUAUGAUGGAUUUAGGUGGCGGACCAGGGCUACGAGCAGGAGGAUAUCGCACACACCGUUCUGCCCCUAACGCACACGAUGAGGAAGGGCUCAACCCACUGCUUCGGCGCGAUGCUUCUCAGCGUCGUGGCGACUUGGCAGAUCUACCAUAUGCGACCAGCCGAGUCGUCCAGCGCAGAAACCUCUUGCCCGGUCCAAGAGACAGCCCGCUUCAGGAGCUCUUGAAUGCUGUCGGAAACCCCGGUGGUGGCGGUGUGAUUAACGUCAAUGUCGAACCUGGAGCAUUGCCCGCACUGACAGGGUUUCCUGCGAUGAUUCUCCAACGUGCAGCCAACGGGGGGGGACCCACGGCAAUCGAAAUCGAUCCUCGGCGUCUCAUGCGUCAUGGAGGUUCCCACUGGCUAACCUCAUUUCCCGGCUCCACGGAGGAGAUGCGUAAUGCUGGACAGUACGACGAUGGUCAUGGUAGCCUGUUCCGAACGUCCACCACCGUUGCCCGCUGGCAGCAAUCUGCCAAAACUCUGUUCGCCAACAAGGCGGCAGAGAUAGCAAUGAAGGUCAUCAAGCGCUUACUCCAGGUGCUCGUUCCCCCGGCGGAAGCGGCCAAGAAAGAGAAAGAGAAGGAGGAUCUUGAGCGCAAGGCUGCUGAAGACGAACGCCGUAAAAAGGUUGAGGCAGAGCGAGCAGAGCAAGAAGCUAAGGAGAAAAGGGACCGUGAGGAAGCGCAAGCUCGCCAAAGACAAGAAGCAGCUGAGCAAGAAGCUCUAGCUGCUGCCGCCGGUGGUUCCGAGAACAUUGUCAUGACCGACGAGCCUCAACCUGAUCAAGGACAUGAGCGAGAUGCGGCAGGUCCAGUUGCCGAUGCUGCUCCUGUUCCUCAGCGUGUCACAAUCACAAUCCGCGGCAGAGAGCUUGACAUCACAGGCCUCGGAAUAGACCUUGAAUAUCUCGAAGCGCUCCCCGAAGACAUGAGGGAAGAUGUGAUUGCGACUCAAAUGCAUAGCCAACAAGCCCAAGCACGAUCACAGGCUGCACGAUCAAAUGAUCAUCCACUUGAAAUCAGCCAAGAGUUCUUGGAUGCUCUGCCUCCAGAAAUCCAGCAAGAGUUGAUCCGAUCUGAGGAAAUCCAACGACGCCAACGUCAACGCGAAGAAGAUGCUCGGAAUCGGGCAGCUCAGAAUGUCAAUUCUGUGCCACAAGACAUCAACAAUGCCGACUUCAUGGCCAUGCUGGACCCAACACUUCGUCAGUCCGUCUUAAUGGAUGCGGACGAGGCCAUCCUGGCUGUCCUACCAGAAGCACUACAGGCCGAAGCUCGCCUCCUGACGGGCAACCGAGGUGUGCAAGGUCUUGGUGGUAGAGGCGCCCUGCGCGAUUACGAGGCGGAUCUUGCGCGCAUCCGUGAAGGCCGCGCUGUUGCCGAUCCAUUGGGUCCGCCUGCGGCGAACGCUGCUCGGGGUCGUCGCCCUGCUGCCGCUAUGCUGGAUAAGUCAGGCAUUGCAACUUUACUGCGGCUUAUGUUCGUAUCGCUCAACAACAAGGUUCGGGCGAACUUGCACAGCAUAUUGUCAGAUGUUUGCAAAAACACCCAAAAUAGGGCAGAGGUUAUCAGCAUUCUCUUGUCCAUCUUACAAGAUGGAACUGCAGAUGUGAAUGCCAUGGAACGGAGUUUCGCACACUUGUCACUUCGAGCGAAGCAGACGUCGGGCCCUAAGACUCCACAACCACUCAAACGCAGCUUCACAGGCCAACUUCCACCUUCACUGACGACUGACUUGUCACCCCUUAACAUCGUACAGCAGUGUCUAGGUACUCUGAAUGCGCUCGCCAGAGACAAUCUGCGUGUGCCUUCGUUUUUCCUCAGCGAGCACGAGACCAGUGUGAUUCAGAAGAACAAGACUCCAUCGAAGAAGAGCAAAGGCCGAGAGAAUCGAGCAUUGAAAUUUCCACUCAACGCAUUGUUAACCUUACUCGAUCGUAAAUUAAUCACGGAGAACACGGCAGUGAUGGAGGUCCUUGCGUCACUCCUCAGUCAUGUUACCCAUCCUCUCAACAUAUUGCUUCGACGGGCUAGGGACGCUCAGCAAUCUGAUGUUACUGAGCCUGAGCGCACCAGUGGGGGCGAACAAGAUGCGGCUGCCAGCACUGGUGAUGCUCAAAUGAGUGAAGCUACCGAAGAAGAGGCAGCACCCGGACCAGCUGCUACUUCCGCCGAUCCUAAUGCAACCGCGAGGAAGACAGCCCCAACAGACACCAAGAAAAGACAUCGAGAUCUUGCUCCUCCCGAAGUUCCUGAAGAGAACAUUCGCCUGGUGGUAAAUAUCCUGGCAGCUCGCGAAUGUCCCAGCAGAACUUUCAGUGAAACCUUGGACCUGAUCAAGAACCUCUCGGCUAUCCCAGAUGCCAAGGGUAUAUUUGGCAAAGAACUCAUACGUCAAGCUCAAGACCUCGGCGACACAUUAGUCACCGACCUCAAUGAGCUGGCUGAUCAAAUCAAAGGUGCUGCGACUGAGGCCGAUCUUCAAGGAAUCGCACUCGCGAAUUUCUCAUCAGCUGGCUCAAAGCAACGAAGAAUGCUGAGGGUCUUGGUUGCACUGGACCAUCUCUUCGACCCGAAUCGCUCGCCUGCGUCGUCAAAUCCCGCCAAGUCAAGUGCGGCAGAAGAUCUGAAGCUCAAGGACGACAUACUCGCUACGUUCUACGAGACAAACACUUUCCAAAAUCUCUGGAAAAGUUUGAGCCGAUGCUUGGCUGAGAUUCGCAGCCGCGGCAACAUGGUCAACGUGGCUACAAUUCUUUUACCUUUGAUCGAGUCUCUAAUGGUAGUGUGUCGUAAUAGCGCCCUACGAGAUCGCAACUCAAGCGAGCCUGCUCCAACAGGCUCAGCAUCGGCGCGCAUGGACCAGCUGUUCCUCACAUUUACAGAGGAAAAUCGGAAGAUUCUCAAUGAGCUCAUCAGAAACAACCCCAAACUCAUGAAAGGCAAUCUAUCUGUCCUUGCCAAGAACUCGAAAGUGCUCGAAUUCGACAAUAAGCAGAACUACUUCAAGAGCAAAUUGCAUGAUCGUCGUUCGGAGAGUCGCGCAUCACAGCCAUCACUGACACUCAGCGUUCGUCGUGAGCAUGUCUUCGCCGACUCGUUCAAGGAUCUUUAUUUCAGGACAGGAGACGAGAUCAAAUAUGGAAAGCUUAAUAUCCGCUUCAGAGGUGAGGAGGGUAUAGACGCCGGCGGUGUCUCUCGCGAAUGGUUUACUGCCAUGGCGCGCCAAAUGUUCCUCGCCGAUUAUGCGCUUUUCAAUUCGGUCGCCUCCGACCGAACGACGUUCCACCCCAAUGCUCUCAGCGAAAUCAACGAUGAGCAUUUGGUAACCUUCAAAUUCGUGGGCCGAAUCAUCGGAAAAGCGCUUUACGAAGGCCGUCAUCUCGAUGCACAUUUCAGCAGAGCCGUCUAUCGACGCAUCCUCGGCAAGAGCGUUUCCCUGAAGGAUAUGGAGAGUCUCGAUCUGGACUAUUACAAAUCGUUGGUGUGGAUCCUCGAGAACGACAUCACUGACGUGACCUUCGAAACUUUCUCCUACGACAUGGAGCGCUUCGGUGUCACCGAGACGAUCGAUCUGAUCAAAGACGGCCGCAAUGUGCCUGUGACACAGGAGAACAAACACGAGUAUGUCCGGUUGGUCGUCGAAUACCGCCUGCUCAAAUCGGUCCAGGACCAGCUCGACAAAUUUCUAGAAGGCUUCUACGAGAUCGUGCCAAAAGAUCUCAUCUCGAUUUUCAACGAACAAGAACUUGAGUUGCUUAUCUCCGGUCUGCCCAAUAUUGACGUCGACGAUUGGAAGAGCAAUACCGAGUACCACAACUAUCAAUCCACUUCGCCUCAGAUUCAAUGGUUCUGGCGAGCAGUCCGCAGCUUCGAUCAAGAAGAGCGUGCAAAACUUCUACAGUUUGUGACUGGUACCAGUCGAGUCCCACUAUCCGGAUUCAAGGAAUUAGAAGGCAUGAACGGGUUCGCUCGGUUCAAUAUCCACCGUGAUUACAGCAGCAAGGAGAAGCUUCCAUCAAGUCACACGUGUUUCAAUCAACUUGAUCUUCCAGAAUACGAGAGUUAUGAGCAUCUUCGACAUCAACUUUACAUUGCAAUCACCACGGGCAGCGAGUACUUCGGUUUUGCAUGAUGAAAAUGCUAUUCGCGUCCUGUAAUAGUACUUUCGGCGCAUAAGGAGCAUUGCUUUGGCGUUGGAGAAAUCGGCAAGACUGCGUUGAUGAAGAACUGCCGUCUAUAUGGAUGUCCGAGAGAACAGCAGACGCAUUGCUCUAUGGACUUGGCCUUAUAUAGCCCUACUACAAUGUUCCCACACAGGAGUUCUAGGCGUCCACAGGCGCGCAGAAUCCCUACUGCCUCGUCAAGGCGCACGAGACUACAUAAAUAGCCAUGAAAAUUGACAGGAUGUUCAAAAUGUUGU